AUGGCGGCAACGUUCUCACCAGGCGAGUCACAACGCGAGCCUCACGCGCCUACUGAUGCCGCGGCAAGUGGUGCUAGAGGGGAUGCAGACCAUGUUCAAGCCGGAUCGCGCAGCAGUGCCUCGUCGGAUGACCAUGUCGCCGAAAAGGCUGCGCUGUCGCCACUGUCCAAACGUGAGAAAGUACGGCGGCACUGCCAUCGCUUCUGGCUGUGGUAUCUGAUUGCGACAAUCGUCCUUCUCGCCAUCCUUUUACCCAUUCUCUUCAAGGUGAUUGUUCCUGCCAUUGUGCAGGCAAUCAUCAACAGUCAGGCCUUGCCGAUCCACGGAGGUCUCUUAGACGUUGUCACGUCGGACCUGGUCAAGAUGGGCGUCGACACCACUCUCCAUGUGCCCUUGCCGGCGCGAACGACAAACUUCAGCAUGAGCCUGUUCAGACGAGACACGUCGCCCUACUCGCCCUAUGUCACCCUCAACGUUGCCGGCCAGAGAAUCAACGGCGAUACUAAUUUCGAUAUUCCCGGGCAGCUUUUGACUGUCGAGAACCACACCGAGUUUGUCCACUGGCUUGGAGAAGUCUUUGACCAGGAAGAGGUGGACAUCUCUCUACGCGGCGUUCCAACCGUCUACUUGGGUGCGCUGAGAUCAGAGCCUACCCUCGACAAAACCACCAAGAUGCCUGGCUUGAGAAAGUUUGCUGGCCUGAGCAUCCAAAAGCUCCAGCUUAUGCUGCCUCCUGACAAGGACGGCAACAACAUCAAGGGGACCGUCAACAUUCCCAACUGGAGCCUCGUUGUGCUCAACUUUGGCAACAUCACCUUCAACAUGUUUUCCGGCGCAGUCCAGAUCGGUCACCUUACCGUCUACAACAAUUUGCUCAACCCCGGCAACAACUCGUUGAGUUUUGAUGGCAACCUUGACCUGGCCGCCGUGGUCAAGAACCUGAGGGCGGUCCUGGACAGCCAGUCUGAAGCUCUCAGCCGGGGCCAGAUCAACCUCAACGUCACCGGCAUCUCGGUCGUCAAGAAUGGCAACCAGAUUUCUUAUAUUGCCGAAGUGCUGCGGACGAGAUACAUGACAGCAACCAUGUCCGUCAUCUCGCUGGUGGGUGAUGUGUUCGCUGGCAUCAUGGACGGCGGCACCGCGGGCGCCGGGGUCCCGGGCGGCGGCACCGCGGGAAUCGUCAACAUUCUGGGCGAUGUCCUGGGCAACAACACCUUCAUCGAUCAUGUCCUGCAACACUUCAACGCCACGCGCCUCCUCAAAGGAAGCUCAACGGGGGGGUCGCCACUGCUCUCCAUGCGGGCCGCCGCUAAUCCCAAGGAAGCCUUGAUGUGGAAAAUGGUGCAGAUGGGGCUGAGGAGAAGGCUGAAUCUAGCUCGGAGUGGCAAUUGA